UUUUCUCAAUUAAUCAUACACAUCACCAAUUUUCAUUUGUCUGUUCAGGUAAACACUUGUUUUUUUUCUUCAAUUUUCCUUCUCUUCUAUUCCAUUUCAACAAUAUAUUCAAAUGAGUUUAUCAUAACAUGCUUUUGAUACAUUACUAUCUUGACUAAUUCACACACUCUCUCUCUUCCUUCAUGUACCUUAUAACACUAUUCAGACUCCCUAUCUUUCUCUUCUUUUCUUUGUCUCUGAGGAUUACUUGCAUGAAACUAGUAAAGCAUAUUCCACUUUCAUGUUUCACAUGUCAAACCAUAUAAUGCUUCUGCUUCUUCCUCUAAACACACUCUUCAAAUUUGGACAGCUUUUUCACUAAGUAACAUCAAUUUUAUUAAUAUAUGUUCACAGAAUUUAUGCAGGAUUUGAAGUAGAGGUUUUUUUUUGUCAUUGUGUAAAGAUCAAAACAAAUAGCUAUGAAGUUCAUGAAACUUGGAACAAGGUCAGAUACUUUCUACACAGAACAAGCUACCAGGAGUCUAGUUUCAGAUAUACCUCCUGAUCUUGUGAUGAAAAUCAAUGACACCACUUAUCUGCUACACAAGUUGCAGUCUCCACUUCUUCGAAAAUGUGGCCUUCUACAAAGACUUUGCUCUGAUACUAAUGAUUCUGAGAGUGUUCCUCUAGAGCUUCAUGAUAUGCCUGGUGGCCCAGAUGCUUUUGAACUCUGCGCUAAGUUCUGCUAUGGAGUUUCAAUCAACAUUAGUGCUCAUAAUUUUGUACCUGCACUCUGUGCUUCUAAGCUUCUCCAAAUGAAUGAGUCCAUUGAGAGGGGAAACUUUGUAGGUAAACUUGAGUCUUUCUUCAGUUCAUGCAUUCUAGAAGGUUGGAAAGACUCCAUUUCUACACUGCAAGCCACUGAUAAAUUACCAGAAUGGUCUGAGAAUCUUGGCAUAAUAAGAAAAUGCAUUGAUUCAAUUAUUGAAAAAGUUCUUACACCUCCGUCACAGGUUAAAUGGUCCUACACUUACACUAGGCCUGGUUACAACAGAAAACAGCAUCAUUCUGUCCCAAAGGAUUGGUGGACUGAGGAUGUAUCCAUUCUAAACAUAGAUCUUUUCAGGUGCAUAAUAAUGACUAUUAGAUCAACACAUGUUCUUCCACCACAGCUUAUUGGUGAAGCUUUACAUGUCUAUGCAUGUAAGUGGUUACCUUUCAUAAAGGUUAAAAGUUCAGGAAGUUCAUCAUCACAAACAGAAGAAUCUAAGGAGAAAAACAGAAAAGUUCUUGAAACAAUUGUGAGCAUGAUUCCUGCAGAUAAAGGAUCAGUUUCAGCUGGCUUCUUGUUAAGACUUUUGAGCAUUUCAAGUAAUCUAGGUGUCUCCACAGUGACAAAAACAGAAUUAAUAAAGAGAGCUAGCAUACAGUUUCACGAGGCUAAUGUGAGUGAUUUGCUUUACCCCUCAACAUCAUCUUUGGACCAGAAAUUUUAUGAUAUAGAGUUAAUUCAAGUAGUGCUGGAGAGUUUUUUGAAGUUUUGGAAAAGAAUCUCAACUGGUGCUGGUGACAACAAGCACUACUUGUUAAGAUCAAUCACAAAAGUUGGUAAGCUCAUUGAUUCCUAUCUUCAAGUGGUGGCAAGGGAUGAUAAUAUGACAGUGUCAAAGUUUGUUGCUCUUGUUGAAGCUGUGCCAGCUAUUGGCAGAUUAGAGCAUGAUGAUUUGUACCAGGCAAUAAACAUUUAUCUUAAGGUGCAUCCUGACUUGAACAAAUCCGAAAAGAAGCGCUUGUGUGGGAUUCUAGAGUGCCAAAGAUUGUCCUCAGAAGUGCGUGCACACGCUGUCACAAACGAUUCUCUGCCGCUGCGAACCGUGGUGCAGCUCCUCUACUAUGAACAAGAGAAAGACUCUAAUGCAGCAACUAGUACAAAGGUGCAAAAACCACUUGAGCUACUUUUAGGAGCAAAAAAGAGAGCAGAACCUAGAGAUAGCCAUGGAAAGCAAUCUCUAGGCCUUGACAAAGAAGAAUUCAAGAGAGGAGAAAUCACAAGAAGAGCCUCACUUGCUGAGAGUAGAGAAAAGGGUCAGCACAAAACUAAAAGGUUGGAUGAUAAGUUGGCAUUGGACUUAGAAAAAAAGAUGGUUAUAAGAGAAAGCAAAGAAGAAAGUAUGUCAGGUAGCAAGUUGAACUUAGAUCAUAAGAAAAUGGUACAAAGGACUAGAAGCAACAAAUCAGAAUAUGGCAGUGAAAAGAGAAGAUAGAUUUCAUAAUAUAAUACUAAUAACCUUUGAAAAGUUCAAAGCAAAUUAUUCUCAUUCCUCUAUGUAUGCAAUUUCUCCCCUCCAUUCUUAUCUUAUUAUCUCUUGUUACCUAUGUCAUAAAUGUAAGCAGGGUGUGAUCCAGUGUAAUUUCUAUAUUAUUUAAAGGUUGAACUUGUUAAAAAGGUCAAUGCAGUUGAAUUCUCAUAGACUGAAAUAACUUCCUACUAUUUCAAGUGAGUGAAUCACCUGAUUGGUUCAUAA